GCAGCUGUAGGUCGGAUUCGUAACACGCCCAUAUCACGUCGUCAUAGCCUGUUUGCAAUUCUCGCGUAUAGUUUUAUUACCUAUGUAAUAACCAGAAAUGAACAGUAAGUGGCAGUAUAGUUUAAUGGAAUGGUCCAAGACAAUGGUGUGACUAUGAAAGCAAGUCACUGGAAUUUUGCAGGAAAACGGUCCUGCAGUUUGCCGCACACCAACAUCGACCUACAAAGGUAAUCCAAUCGUCAUGGUUGGUAGGCGGGCUGGAGGAGACUAAUACUCUCUUCGUCUCAGGUGAGGUCAUUCAGCGCAACAUGGAGACAGGUAAUAUUGUUUGUUUAAUUCGUUUAGUUUGUGUUUUAGAUGAAAUAAAACUAUCAGUCGAUAAGAUUAAAUAAACUGGAGACAGUUAACGUACAGACAAUUGUAAAAAGACUUAUCUGUAUGUAUCUGACAUCCCGCCUGUGUCUUCACGACAUGGUGUGUGUAUUAUAAGCCCGAGUUUAGCUCCAUUCGUAAGGCUAAUUCAAAAAGCAUUGCAUUAUGAUAAUGCUUUUCUUGACUUCUUAGUGCGGGGACUGCACUUGUUCCUUACUCAGGCUAAGCCAAUGGAAAACAACCAUUUUUUUUAGUUGAUUUAAACAGAAGUCUAUCUCUGCGACCCAGGUCCUCUGGAAGCAGUCGAAUUGCGUUCGUUUUAAAAUAGCGUCAGUUUCUUUUGUUUAGGCAACCAAUUGUCCGAGCGCUGUCCAUGGUCCUGAAGAUAACCUCGUCAUAAAUCGGCUGUUCUUAACUUUCUAAACUGCUCUUCACCGCUGCUGUUAGUACUUUUCCAAAUACUAAACAUUUCCAAAUUCUUUCAAAUCAUGCCUUCAUUUCAGUGAAACGUCUUAAGUGAAUUCUGUUGGCUACUGCGAAAGCAACGGCUCACGCUCGCUCGUAUCUUACCUCCAUUGGAAAUUCAUAGUCAUCGUGCGUUCCUCGCAGAAUUCCCCUUCUUUUUUUAUCAUUGGGUGAAGGUAACACACCAUGGCCCCGGCUAGGGGGAUAAGGCAUAUAUAUUCUCACACUACUGCUUCCAAACAGAGAAGAUGUGCUCCAGCUGCAGGCCCUUGCUUAGUUAAUGUGAGCUGUUCCUCCAGACAGAAAGAACUGGAGCAGCACAAGAAGACACCAUCCUAACUUCCUAACACAUUACCUGAUUAGAGCACCUAUACUUGGAUCAAAUGUUUUUAUUGCUUUAUCCUUUGGACAUAAGCAUGGAAUCCUGUUAAAAAGCAUAUGGGUGAGGAGACACCACAAAUCUGGACCCAUUACUGUCUGGUUCUUCUGUGCCAUUGUGACAGAGUUUACAUUAGCAUUACACUGAUCUUGUGGAGCAUUCUUCCUCUGAUUGGCACUAACCAGCCAGGCCUCCAGUGCAGCUGCUCACUUCCCUUGCCAGCCCCCCAGUUCGAGGACCAUUCCCCAUUCUGCCAUGGCUCAUUUGUCUGGCGAUGCUCGCGAUGCUCGCAGAGAGAUGACGAAUGGGGCCUAUUCCAGUGCCCAACCAGGUGGUGGAGGAACCUCCACUCUGCCACGCUACCUGCACAAGAAGCAGCAGCGACAGAGAGGAGUGAGGUCUUCAUCUCCCAUGGGCAGAGUCAUCCUCAUCAAUGCACCUGUGGAUGGUGGGGACGACAGUGAGGAUAUCCACACAAUCACUGUUGACAAGAGUGAAGACGGCAGGUUGGGCUUCAGCGUGCGCGGUGGCUCAGAACAUGGCCUCGGCAUCUUCGUCAGCAAGGUGGAGGACAACAGCUCUGCGGAGCUUGCGGGGUUGUAUGUUGGUGACAAGCUGGUGGAGGUGAAUGGGAUCAGCCUGGAGAGCAUCACCAUGAGCAGCGCCGUGAGGGUUCUAACGGGGAACAACCGCUUGCGCAUGGUGGUCAGACGUGUAGGGAAAGUGCCUGGCAUCCGCUACUCCAAAGAGAAGACCACUUGGGUGGAUCUAAUCCACCGACGGAUGGUGGUGGAGGAGAGUGGCCAGACCCCUUCUGAGGCCAGCUCGGAUGGGGCUCUGCGUAGGAUAGUGCACCUCUACACCACCUCUGAUGACUACUGCCUGGGAUUCAACAUCCGUGGGGGCAAGGAGUUUGGCCUGGGCAUCUACGUCUCAAAGCUGGACCCUGGUGGCUUGGCAGAGCAAAACGGUAUUAAAAUGGGCGAUCAGAUUCUGGCAGCCAACGGAGUGAGCUUUGAGGAUGUUAGCCAUAGCAAUGCAGUGGAAGUCCUGAAGAGUCACACCCAUGUCAUGCUCACCAUUAAGGAAGCUGGGCGUUACCCUGCAUAUAAGGAGAUGAUAGCAGAGUACAGCUGGCUCAAUAAACUGGGGAAUGGGGGCCAGCCAUCCUCCUCUCAAGGCUCAGACUCCUACUCCCCCACCUCCUCUCUCUCUUCCGGGACACCAGUCAGUUCUCUCAGUGGCCUGUCUCAGGUCAUGUUCCCACCUACAUUCAGCUCAGAGAUGGUGGAUGUCUGCAUUUCGACCGAGGACCGUUCACGCCGGCCAAGUUCUGACCGGACAGAGACCGCCAUCCAGACCGACCCUCUGGAGGCUGACCCCUCACCCCCCCCCAGCAGGCUCAUCUCUAUGGACACCAGUUGCACAGUGGGCGAGACGGUUCUCUUGAAGGACACGGUGAUUCGGAGCGGUAGUUUUGAUAAGACUCGGGCUCGGACGAGGACCUUCUCCACUGGAGACAAAGAGGCUCUGGACUCACCCAAAACUGCAGUGCUGAUGGCCCUGAGCAAGCCCCGCAAGCCCAUCCACCGCUCCCAGAGUCACAUCACUGUUUUAGAAGACAAGCAGAAGAAGAAGCAGCAACAGACGGGGAAGUCCGAGGGGCCAGGCAGCACCCUGCAGCGCUCCAAGACAUUCGUCAGUCUGUUGUUUAAGAGCAAGAGGGACAGGUCUGCCUCGAGAGAUAGGAAAACUAUGGGGACAGGGGACGGUCAGCGUGGACGGUCCAAGUCACCCACACAUUUAGAUAAUGAGCGGGGCAGAGAACAGCGUCGGCCAAUUGUGACCCUCUUGAGUUCUCCUCGGGAGACGCGUGCUGGCGUGCGGCAGCCAGAGACCCUGCCUAGUGCUGAGACCAUGGCCAUGGUGGAGGACAUGGCCUGCAAACUGCUCAGUAAGGACGAGGUGGCUGCAGUCAUGAGACACUGCAAUAGAUUUUUGGUUGAGCGGGUGGUCGAGGACCUGGUGCGCCCCCUGCUGGCGAUCCUUGACAGGCCUGAGAAGCUGCUGCUACUGCGGGAGAUCAGAAUGAUUAUCCCAUCCACGGAUUUGGGUCGAUUUGACAGCAUGGUUAUGCCUUUUGAACUGGAGGCCUAUGACAUUUUAAAGAACCGCUCUGUGCGCUCUCCAGCAUUGCGCUCACCUCGUCAUGGGGGCACCCCACGCCGGCAUCUCAUCACCCCCAUCCCAGACUACAGGGGAGGCUUCCAGCUGCAGCCUGUACGAGCCCUGGAGAGAGACCGGCAGCUGAUGGAGGAGCUGGAGCGCCUGAAGCUGGCUGGCCUCCCCACCGGCAGGUCCCCUCCUCCCCGUGCGUUCACCCCUCUGCUAGAUGUACCUGUAGACAGCUACAUCAGUGGGUCUCUCCGCCAGCGCUCCUUAAGCCCUGCCAACCCCAACUGGCUGCUCACCGAGUCCCCUCAUAGCACAGUGCGACGCGGGCGCUCCCCUCAAAAACAGACCGAUGGUUCACCCCGGACAGCGCAUUCUGGGGAGAACUCCCAAAGGGGUGAAACCAUGCCAGAGCGUGGGAGGUCCCCUUACAGGAAUGGCCAUGGCAAAUCUACAAGGAAAAAGUCUGGGAAUGGGAGCGAGGUUAAGUACACAGUCAUGAGUGCGCAUAGGCGGAAUAGGACACCGCUGACACACGUGUUCGGGUCAGACACUACAGAGAGAGAACAGGUGAACGGACAUGCUGGAUUAUCUCUGAACCACCAAGACAAGUUGCCGGUACAGAAGUAUGAACUGACCAAUGUCACUAUCCCAAAGUCCAAACAGUCUCUGGGUAUCAGCAUCUCCGGAGGCAUAGAGUCGAAGGUUCAGCCGAUGGUUAAGAUCGAGAGGAUAUUUCCAGGAGGUGCUGCCUCUACCAGUGGGGUACUGAAGGCUGGAUUUGAGCUUGUGUCAGUUGAUGGAGAAUCGCUCCAGGGAGUCACACAUCAGCAUGCGGUGGAUGCCAUAAGAAAGGCUUUCAGCAACAAGGCCAGAGACCCUAUGGAGUUCAUCAUCAAAGUCCCAAAGAACCCAAGAGACUGAAGGAAAAAUAUAUAUUACUGUUCUCACUGUCUGAGCAAAGAACAUGAACAGAAACCGAGUGAGAACAUCCUACAAAUACAAGGGAAGUGCAUAUCACUCCAUUAGAAAGCAAAGCUGCCAUUGUGUAAUACUAAUGCACUGGCCAAAACAGUGCGUCCAAGGGUAAGGUUUCUCAGAGAGCUUCCUCAGAAAUCUGUCCAGUGAUACACCAGCACCUAUUUGCUCUCUGUAUCAUUUCACACAGUAGUUUCAUAAUUGUUAAGCUAUUUUGUGCAGAAUUUGCAUGUUUAUUGUCUUUGAAAAUUCAGUGACAUUUAAUAAUUUUCAAAAACCCGCUCAUACAUGUCAGGACUAAUAUUGCUUCUUCAUUUCACACCAGUGACAAGGCUGCAAAAAUAUAUGGUAGUGAGAGUUAGUCUAAAUUUGGUUGUAGCAUAUGUUUUAGCCAAUGUAAUAUGAUAAGAAGCAUGUUGGCAAGGUAAUAAUCUAAAUAAUACCAAUCCCAACAAGACAAAGAAGAGUUCUAGUGCUCUACUGCCAUACCCAGCAGAGCUCAAAUAAGGCCAUGCUACAAGUUGUUAUCUGUAUCAUGUCAAAUAAGGCCAUGUUAUGUUAUUUCUGUAUCAUGUCAAAUUUGAUGCCUUGAUAAGAUGAAUGUCUCAUGCAUUCUUACCACCUGAAGCUUACGACAUUCCUUUUUUUGUAUCAUAAGCCAAUGCUUUCAGGAUGUGAGUUAUGCAUGGAUGCGCAUGCAUGCAUGCAUCCAAAGGCUUCGUCUGCCUUGUUCUGUCAUUACCUAAAGCUGAACACUUAGGUCAUUCUGAAUGAGUUACAUGUUUGCAGAGUGCCCUACAUCUGAGCAUUAACUGUGCAAUAGACUAUUAUGUUCUGGAAAGCCUGUGGGAUCAAAAACAGGUUCGGAACUUUAUAAUCACAAAUGUGGUUAGGUUCCACUGUAGGUAAAUGAGGGUUUUGAUUGGCAAUUAUUUUUCAACUUAUUUUAAUACAAAAAGUCCUGUGUGAUUAUGUCAUAAUAAAAAAACUGAAAUAGUAUCCCAAGUCCUUUCAGUAGUAUAACUCCUUUUUCAAUUCUCUGAUCUAGUGAGUCAAAGUAUAAUA